AUGGGAACAAGGAUGGAGGUGGCACAGCUUGAGAGCAGGAUGAACACUGAGGACUAUAGAAAGCUACAGGGCCUUUUCCUGGACCCCUUGGGCGCACCUCGCUCCUUGUCCAGAACUGAAUUCAUCCAUUUGGCUUGGUCGUCAGUUGGUCGCGGCUCCAAGGAGGAAUAUGGCCUCCUGUUCGACAGCGUGGUUGUCACUCAGGAGCACCGCGGCCUCCUUCUGGACGUUGACGCCAUCAAGGAAGAAGGGCGUGUCGACUGGGGAGGCCUGUGCUCUUUUCUGCUGCUGGAGCUUUCUGACAAAGUGAACACCAGAAGCAGCAGUGUGCCUUGCUGGAAGCUGCCGCGCACUUUGACCUGUCCGCAUCGAGACCCAGUUCAAAAGGUGCUGCACCUGCAGGGUUCAGGUCAGUAUCUGACCGUGAGUAAAGGAGGGACCGUGGGGCUGAGGGACGGAGAGGACAUGUCCCUCCUGCACACGCACCGACUGCAAAACAGCACAGUCACACCCAAAGACCUCUGGGUCACCGACAUGGUGCUGCUGCACAAUGUUCACAAGAUAGCUGUGUCUUUCACAAGUAAAGAGGUGUGUUUUUAUGACAUCCUGUCUAAACAAGCCCCCAGCUGCAAGUAUAAACUCCAGGGUCUGAGGUUUACUCCCUGGUGCCUGGACUACUGGGUGGAUCCCUCUCACCCAGACCAGGCCAUCCUUACCAUAGGAGACAUUGGAGGACAGGUCACCGCCUUACAUUUUACCUCAGCUCAUAUCUCUCUGUUUGAGAGCCUCAGUCUGAGGACAGACUCGGAUUCGGCAGACAUCAUCCUAUGGGACGAGGUGAUCAAAGGAAAGCAUCGCUCCUGUUACACUGUGACACACCGAGCACACGCGCCCGCCUGGGUUAGAAAAGUACAUUACCUGGGCUCACUGGAGGCCUUUGUGUCGUGCAGCACCAGACCGCAGAGCAGCAUGGUGGUCGGCUGGAGGGAAAAAGAAAGCAGGAGUCUACGAGUCACUUCUUUCUUUACAACGAGGGGUGUGUGGGACAUGGACCACCACCGUGGACUCAAUCUGAUAGCCACAGCAGGUGUGGAUCAUCAGGUCUUGCUGUGGAACCCUUGUGUGACCUUGGAGCCAGUUUGCGUGCUCAGCGGGCACACAAGCCCCGUCACUGCAGUUCGCUUCAUGCAGACCAAGCAACAACUGCUCAGCUACUCCAAAGAUAAGGUCCUGUGUCUAUGGGAUGUAUCCAGUCAGCUGUGUGUUCACCGUCUGGCUGAUGUCUUCCCAAAGACUCAGGAGGACACACACACCCUCCUCUUCUUCCAUGAGGAGCGUCAACUCCUCCUGCUUUCCUUCAACAGUCUGCUUCUCCUGCUGGAGACCGUGAAGGAGGAGAAGAGGAGCAGCAGCCAUGAACACCCUGUUACCUGUGUGCUGUAUAAUAGUCUGUUCAGACAGGUAGUCAGCGGUGACUCUGCCUCCUCUGUGAUCUGCUGGCUUGCUGACACUGGCCAAAAGGUCAAGCAGUUCCACCGUUGUCAUGGCAACGCCAAGAUCUCCACCAUGGCCCUGGAUGGUACGCAGACCCGGCUGUUUACUGCAGGCACUGACGGAGAGGUUAAAGUUUGGGACUUCAAUGGCCGCUGCCUCCACAGAAUGAAUGCCGGCCUGGGUCAGGCUGUGGAGAUAUCCCAGGUCCUGCUGCUGAAGAGGAGUAUUCUGGUGAUGGGAUGGGAAAGGAUGUUAACAGUGUUCCGUCUGCACUCCUUCUCGCAGUCUUUUGUUGAACCAUCAGAGUGGAAGGGAGGCGUUCAGCAUCGCAGCGAUGUGCUCUGUGCCGCGUUCCAGCCUCCACAGACUCUGGUCACAGGAAGCUACGAUGGAGAGAUUAUAGUGUGGAACAACAGCACAGAAAAAGCUCUGAGGAAACUGCGGCCACAUGCUGAGCACCAAGAAGGCAAGAAGCAGCUCGGUCUUUUCCCCAAUUCUCACAUCAUUGUGAACUGCAAAGCAGUCUCUGAUAACUCCAGUGCCAUCACUAGAUUGUUCUUUAUACCAGGACGCACACCUGCAGCUGCAACUACAGGUUGCGCAGACUUGGUGUCCUGUGGAGGUUCAGGUGUGGUCAGACUCUGGAACACCGUCCACAGCCAUCUGGUGGGACAGUUCACUGCUCACAUAGGAGACCUGGGGUCUAUCGUCAUGACUGUCAGCCCCUGUGGAAAAUAUUUAGUCACCGCUGACAGGGAGGGAACACUCAAGACUUGGGACAUACAGCAUUAUUGUCUUGAUCCAGAUGACAGGACAACCAAAGAACCUCCAAAACUCCUACGUAGUUUCCGCCCACACCUCGAUCGUGUGACUCACCUGGAGAUGUGUUUCCAAGGCGAUCGUCUCCUCCUUCUCUCGGCAUCAUCAGACUGCAGUGUGGCUCUUAGCUACCUGCCCGGAGAUACCGUUGGUCUGUUCGGACAGGAGGAGCAGUGGUGCUUGGAGAGACAUGGACCUCUGCACCCACAGCAGGGACCAGGGCAGGCCGGGAAGACCACAUAG